CCUCAAAACCCAACUCCCAUCAUUAUCACCAAACCAACACAAACUAACACCACCUUCAAACUCACUCACUCUCUCUCUCUCUCACCCAAAUCAUUUCCCUCUCUUCUCCACUACUUCUGCUUACCAAAACAACCUCACCAAAACACUUCUAAGUUGUUCAACCUCUUUCUCUCUCCUCCUCCCUUUUUCAUCCCCCCUUCUUCUCCCGCUCCAUGAAUUCAGAUGUGAGCUAAACCCAAAAAAACACACACACAUACCCACAUACUUCCUAAAAAUGGAAACAACUUCCAAACUCUUCUUCACAAUCAUUCCCAUUUUCUCUCUCCUACUAAACCCAAUUCUUUCCUUAAACUCUGAUGGUUCUUUCCUCCUUGCACUCAAAUACUCCAUUCUUAGUGACCCUUUAUCUGUCCUUAACUCAUGGGACUAUUUAGACCUAAACCCUUGUUCAUGGAACGGCGUCGUUUGCAGUCAAGAUCUACGUGUCAUCACUUUAUCACUCCCUAACUCUCAGUUACUAGGUUCUAUUCCACCUGACCUCGGCUUAAUCGAACAUCUUCAACACCUCGACUUAUCCAAUAAUUUCUUCAACGGUACUUUACCAGUCACUCUUUUUAAUUCUUCACAACUUCAAGUUCUUUCUCUCUCCUCUAAUGUUAUUUCCGGGGACAUUCCUGUCUUUUCACACUCUUCCUUAACUUUCCUUAACCUCUCUGAUAACGCCUUUGGUGGGACCCUCUUUCAGAAUUUCACCUCUGCUUUUUUUAACUUGACGGUUUUAUCCCUUAAAGGGAAUUAUAUUUCCGGAAAUGUCCCUUCUGGUUUUCCACCUUCUCUUGAAGUUCUUGAUCUUUCUUCCAAUCUUUUUAACGGCUCUUUACCGUUUGAUCUUGGUGUGGGGCCUACUUUAAGGUAUUUGAAUCUUUCUUAUAAUAAAAUCUCCGGUGUUAUUCCGCCGGAGUUCGCCGGCGGUGUACCGGAGAAUUCCACCAUUGAUAUAUCGUUUAAUAACUUGACGGGUGAAGUCCCAGGUUCGACACCUUUCAUGCGCCAAAACCCGGAGUUUUUCUCCGGGAAUCAGGAGUUAUGUGGGAAGCCAUUGAAGAAUUUGUGUGUGAUUCCUUCAACACUUUCAACUCCACCUAAUGUAUCUGCUUCGAUUUCGCCUGCUAUUGCUGUGAUUCCAAAGUCUGUGGAUUCGAAUUCAGGUGCAAAAGCUCCGGGUGAUCAUAAUAACAAUAACAAUGGUUUAAAACCCGCCGCUAUUGUUGGAAUUACAUUAGCUGACUUAGCUGGAGUUGGAAUAUUAGGGGUUGUUUUCUUUUAUCUUUAUCAACUUAGAAAAAAGAAUGUUCAACAACGACAGCAACAAAGUCCAAAAAAAGAUAUUAUUCUUCCAGGGAAAAAUGUACCAAACUUAAGCAAUGAUCAUUUCUUGGUGCAUAUUGAUAAUAAUAAUACAACAACUACCACUGUAGUUCCAAACAACAAGAUGCACAAAAAAUGUUUCACUUAUUGUGUCAGAGGACAAGAGAGUGAAGAAGGGGCAACGUCAGAUAAUAGGACAAGUUCUGAUAGUGAAAGUGGUGGUACUGAUGAUGAUAAUUAUGAUCAAAAGAAGGGACAGAAUAAUAAUGGAGAGAAAUCGAACGAUGUUAGCAGUGGUGGUGGUGGUGGUAGUGGUGGUGGAUCAUUGGUGAUGGUUGAUGGGGAGACGGAACUCGAAGCCGAGACGCUGUUGAAGGCGUCGGCAUAUAUAUUGGGAGCAACAGGGUCGAGUAUAGUGUACAAGGCUGUUAUACAAGAUGGGAGUACAUUUGCUGUGAGGAGGUUAGGAGAGAUUGCAGUUGAAAGGUUGAGAGAUUUUGAAGGACAUAUUAAGGCUAUUGCUAAAGUUAGGCAUCCAAAUUUGGUUCGUGUUCGUGGAUUUUACUGGUCUUCGGAUGAGAAACUUGUCAUCUAUGAUUAUAUCUCUAAUGGUAGCCUUGCUACUUCUGCUUACAAAAAGAGCGGUUCAACACCAUACCAUUUACCUCUAGAAGCUCGGUUAAGGAUUGCAAGAGGAGUUGCCAGAGGAUUAAGCCAUAUUCAUGAAAAGAGAUAUGUACAUGCUAAUAUUAAACCAAGCAACAUACUAUUAACACAAGACAUGGAUCCUAUAAUUAGUGAUCUUGGGCUCAGCUGCCUAGUUUAUGGCAACAAUAAUAGUUGCAAAGGAAGUGGCUCGGCCCGUCAAUUCGGAAGUAAAAGGUCCAUGGGCUCAUACGACGGUACCCAAGAUCUUUCGGUUAGUGGAAGCCCGUAUAUUAACCCGUUUGGAAGUACUACCGGUGUUGGGUCGCCUUACCAGGCCCCCGAAUCCUUGAAGAAUCUCAAGGCCAACCCAAAAUGGGAUGUAUACUCCUUUGGGAUAGUGUUGCUAGAACUUCUAACUGGAAAAGUUUACUUGGACAGGGAAUUGGGCCAAUGGACCCCAAGUUCUGGGCUUGAGGAUAGAUAUUGGGUUUUAAGGAUAGCUGAUGUUGCACUUAGGGCUGAAAUACAGGGCAAAGAAGAAGCUAUGAUGGCUAUAUUUAAGUUAGGGUUUAGUUGUGCAUCAUUGGUACCCCAAAAGAGACCAUCAAUGAAAGAAGCUCUCCAAGUCCUUGAGAAGGUCUCAUUAUCAUUUGUUCACUGAUGUAUUUUCUUAGACUUAAAAUUUAUAUUUAAUUCCUUAUCCUUUUCCCUAUUAUUUUUUUCCCUAUAUACAUGGAUUUCCAUCUUUUUUUUGAUCUUAAUGUCUUUUCACAGAAAUGUGAGAAGGGAUGUGUGGAUAGUUGAUGUAAGAGUGUUGUAAGUUCUUUUAGCUAAAUUAUGAUUAUUCAUAGAAUUGACUGUUUGUACUGUGAGGAAGUUAAUGAAAUUUGUUAAGUUGGAUGGUUUAA